UGGGGCGAGACUGAGAAGUCUCUGAAUAUUUAAUUUAAAACAGACUGAAAAAUGUGCUGGCUUUAAAAACAAAAACUAUCUAAGGCCUAUAAGUGGCUUGUUUCAUGUCAGAAAAUCACAAAAACGUCUGGAACAAAUAUUUAUUUAUUUAUUCAUUCAUUCUUUCUUUCAUUUAUAAAUGCACUUAUGUUCAAGUUGUUUUGCAACCCAGAAGGUCUGAGUGAGAACUGUGAAGCAUGUGUUGUGCUUUUAUUUUAUUUUAUUUUUCUUGUGUGUGAACUGCUCUCCAAUAACUUGCAGGGACUUCAGGGUAAAUCUGGCCAACAUGUGAAUGCAGCACCUCCAUUCCAGAGGAGAUGUGUGUUAAAGGGCUUUAAAAGCCUCGUGUGAAAAACCUCCUGGAAUCAAACUUUACUGAAUUUGUUCAGAAUUCUGAGAAAACAAACAUAGGCUCACCCUGCAUGUUUGAAAGUCUCCUUUGCUAAUCUGCAGCGAGGGGGCCAUUUUAAUAAUUAGCAUUGCCAGUGUGUUCUAGGCAUGAAAAGUAGCACAAAUAUAUAGUACUUAAUGUAUAUCACCUAUAUACUGUGAAGUGUGCAUGUGUGUAUUCAGUGAAAUGUAUUUCCAGGCAGCAUACUUAUUUUGAAAUAUCAGACUUAAAUCCUUGGGGGCCUGGGAUGUGUGGAGGCCCUGGACUUUGAGGGGCUGGGGGCCCAUUUUAAAAUCCCAUCUUGGCCCAUUCCAACCUUGCUAUGCCCCUGGCGGUCACUACACAUGGGUUUCUGCACAAUACCUGCACAGAAGAAACUUCCAUGUAGAAAAUGUGUCUCUUGUCAAUUGACCCUGAAUUUUUCCAUCCAUGACUGGGAUAUUUGAGAGUUAGAGUCAAUAAUAAAAGAACAGCACACUUGGGUGAAGGACACAUUAGGAUGGUUGCCCCCAAAGGUUAUUGGAUCCAAUAGGAUUCCAAGAAGCCUUGGAAGGCUUUAAGGUUGGUUCUGCCAGUGAUUCUGUUGAUGCCAUUGUUCAGACUUGGAAUAAUGAACUUACUAGGGCAGUAGACACAAUCGAAUAAACUUGACGUUAGGCACACAGGGUGUGCCCUGAACGAACACCCCCCCUACAAGCUACAAGCGAGUGCUUGCCAAUCAUUUUCAAGCAGUGUUUGCUGCCUGAAAGCGUCUAUUCUCCUUUCUCUCCCUCCAGAGGUGACAUCAUGUGACAUCACGCGCAAAGGGGACAUGACCUCAAGCUCCAAGGAGCCCGAGCGAGCGCUUCUGUGUCAUUUCAGGCAGUGCUUGCUGCCUGAAAGCAUCUAUGCCAGAGGUCCAACCAUACUGGACAGGUCUCACCAGAGGAGCCAGACAAAGAGUGCCUCUCCCAUCAACAAUAUGUAAAUCUGCAGUUUCCAAGAUGGGCGACGUCGUAAUGAAUACCGUAGCGUCAACUGGUGCAGUAUUAAAAAUUAAGAAAUGCCUGGCUGAGGUCAGCUUCUUUCAACUCUGUGCCUUUUUCCUGAGCCUUAGUGGGUGGCUUAUGUGUAUGACAUCCGCAAUCCUUGUCCAGUGGAGAGUGUGGCACUUUAGUAACCACUAUGGUGGAACCAGCAUUGCUUGGAUUGGGAUUUGGGAAAUCUGCCGUGUCGAUGAAGAUCCGUCUAUUGAUGAGCAAAAUCGCAUGAACUGUACAGCAUUCAGCAAUCUACACACCUUCCUCCCCAGUGAGAUUAUAGCUGCCCAGAAUCUCAUGGUACUCGCUACCAUUGCGGGGGCAGUGCAAACAGGCUUUCUCUCUGUGGCCUUCUCAAAUAUAUAUAGGAAGGAAAAACAGAGAAAACACGUUGCCAACCUUUUUUUGAUUGCAGGCCUUCUAAAUUUAUCAUCGGGAAUAGGUGUCUUCAUUCCAAUUGUUUGGAAUAUGGUUUCCGUCUUGUCAGAAGUGCCAAUUUUCUUCCCUGAAUAUUUCCAUUUACCACAUAAACCAGAAUACCAGUAUGUUGGAGCUGCGCUUCUGGUUGGGCUGAUUUCUGCUAUUUUCCAGAUCUUGAGCGGAUGUUUUAUUCUGCGCAGUAAGCACUUGGCAGUCAAGAAAAUAUCAGCAAUGGCAACAGAGGCAUCUGCAAGGGCAAGUGAAACCACUCUUUGUCAAAAGUGUUCAUUGUCCUUAGUGCCUAAAACCCCAAAGCCAGAGGAAUCUGCUUCUGUGACCAUCGACAGCCCAUUGGACGUGCGACGCACUGAAAACCCAUCUGUGAUUGUCCAGAUGGAUAACUUCUCUGAAGACGUGACCAAUCCCAGAGAGCCUGUUCCAUCAUUGCCCCAAAGUCACAUUAUAUUGGUGACGCCAUACAUUGAACCAACAGUUGGUGAUGAAUCUAAAUAAUCAGAUUCUAAACACACCAGGACAUGAACUGUGAACAUUUGAAAGUUAUUGAAACCUUUGAAAGGGAUAGUGGGUCUGUUUAUGUUGCAGGAAUAUUUAUUUGUUUGUUUGUUUGUUUGUUUAUUGCUGUAGGGGUUGUUUUUAUACUUUGGGGAUAACGUUUGUGCUGUUAACAAUAAUGGUUGUUUUCAUGGUAUAGGCUACAAUUAUCUUUGAUAGUUUUGUGUUUCUCAUCUUUUAUUAAAAAAUAUCCACCUAUUUUAAUCA